AUGUCACUAAGAAAACGAGUCGUCGACUUGUACAAAAAUCUGUACCAUAUGGGAAAAGAGUACCCGGGCGGUUCGAAAUGGUUUCACGACCGCUUGAAAUUGGCAUUUUCUAAGAAUAAAAACGUGGAGGACCCGACGCAAAUCGAACAACUCAUCGGACGCGGUGAGUUCGUCGUCAAAGAGAUCGAAGCGUUGUAUUCGCUUCGAAAAUAUCGAGCAAUGAAGCAAAGAUACUACGACAAGGACGACGAGAUCACCGCGGCGACUCAAAAAUUCGAAGAAUCCGUUAAAAAAUUGUGA